CCUUCCAUUACCCAUUACUGGACCAUAUCAUAGCAAAUUAGAAACAACAAUGGCAACUCUAGCUGGUCUUAACCUCUCAACUCCCAGAGUCUUAGCCAAGGCCACCGAGGCACCAAAGGCUCAACCCAUCUUCAAGUUAAACAACCCAUGGAAGAGGGCCUACCGAUUGGGGUCUGGACGCAUGCAAAUGGGAGCAGUGAGAGCAGCCCCAGAUAGCAUAUCAGAGAAGGUGGAAGAGAGCAUCAAGAGCGCAGAAGAGGCCUGCGCAGGAGACCCAGCGAGCGGGGAAUGCGUGGCGGCUUGGGAUGAAGUGGAGGAACUGAGUGCAGCUGCUAGCCAUGCGAGGGACAAGCAGAAGCAGUCUGACCCUUUGGAGAAUUACUGCAAGGACAACCCGGAGACAGAUGAGUGCCGCACUUAUGACAACUGAAAAAAAUGGCUUCUUUUAUAUAUGUUUCUUCAUGGUUUUAAGUAAUCAAGAUUUUAGAUGUUGAUAUUAAUCCUUUGAUUAUGUGAGGAAAUUGAAGUUAUUGUAUGAUGGAUUCAGCAUGGUGUUAUCAGAUACAUAUACCAUACCAUCUUAGAAGAUAAAUUGCUUAUUUACUA